GGGCCGGUGCGCAGCCGCCAGUGCAUGUGCCGGGUGUCGCGAGUGUUGCUGCCUGACGCGUUGUGUUUACGACAACUGUGUUGUGUGUUGUGAUACUUUCCCACCAGGAUCUUACCAGUUGCUGUGAGUGUUCGUGGAUGAAAACACACGUUUUGGAAUCUUUUAUCACCAAGCUGUCUGUCACGAGGAACUAUCAGUGUUUACGUUAACGUGACCUCCUGCAUCACUUACAAGGUAUCUACUUCGAGUGAAUCCUGGUCGCUGUUUCAGGGUGGGUGUGGCUGAUCUGAUAAGCGAACCUUAUGGUUAGAAUGAGGCCGUAGAGCGCGUAGCAUGGGCCAGGCGGGCAGCUCGCCCAGCGCCGAGCAGCGCGCGCGCCGAGCCAACACCCUGCCGCAUGAGCCACUAAGACACGCGCCCAAGGUGCUGCCAUCGCUGACGGAGUCGCCCCGGCUGCGCAGCACGGACAAUGGCGCCAUCCUGCACUCCGGGGGCACCAUCAGCGGCCGCAGGCCCGGCUCCCUGCUGCAAGAGAGCUCCAGGGUGCCGCACGGACAUGUCCACUCCAACGUGUACAGGUCGAGGUCAGCCGGAGUGCCGGCGGACAACGAGGUGAGGUCGAGGGAGCGAGACGCCAUGCAUCGAUCCCACACCAAUCUAGACUUUAGGCACGACUCUAAUGGUUUGAAAAGAUUUGGUUCGGAACCUGAUCUUAGAAUCGAAGAGGAGCAACAGAAACCAACAAGAUGCACAAAUAACAAAAACUUUCGGAAAAAAUAUCGAGCUCCACCACCACCGAGCAACAAUCAUCGAGAAGGUUCACCGCCAGAUUCCAUCGAAAGGAACGCGAAAAUUGAACCACAAAGAAAACUCAGAUUAUUUAGAACUAGAAACGAAACCAAAAAACUUAACGGUCACGUGGAUUCAAAGAUCCCCGUCUACAAAAACACGUACACCGAUUUCAAGUCAUUGGACUUCAACGAUAAUUUCGAAAGACGAUACAAAUCUCCAAUAAAAGAUAAGGAACAGAAUUUAAAACAUAGCGACGGCAAAGACAUGGUCCAAAGUACAGCGUCGUUGAAGAAAGAAGAACGAUUGCUACAAGCGAGGCAAGAUUAUAAGGUAACGAGAACCGACAGGGUCAGUGGGUGUCGGGCUAAAACUACGAAAACGAAUGAACAUAGUGAGGCGUGGAAGACACCUCUUUUAAGUAGAAAUUUUAGGCAUUCCGAAAGGUUCAACAAGGACGAUAACUCGCAAAAAUUAUUAAGAAGAGAAAAGACUUUCGAUGAAACCCUCAUUAUAAGUGAAAGAGAAAACGAUUCACCUAGAGCUUUGCACGAAAAAAGAACAAAAGCUGUAGGCGAAGAGUCAAAAAACAACAAGUUUAGUCCGUUAGGUCAGAGAAACGAGCCACUGAGGAAAUCUCUUCCUUCGUUACUGAACAAAAGCAACGAAGAAAAAGAUGAGUUUCAGGAAGAACUUAAGAAAGCGACCAGUAGGAUUAGGAAAGAGUUAGGCAAUAAAUUAAAUGUAAGCGAAAACAAAACUAGUCAAAACGAUAAAACGAGUACACAGAAACCAAACCCAACGAAAUUGGCAACAGAGAGCAAAGUCAAAGAGUCUAGUCUUAAAACAAAUAGUAAACAAGAUUCUAAACCCACAACUAAUAUAACGAGAAGGCCGUUGAGUCGGAUAAACGAAUCCAAACAGAAAACGCAAAGUAAAUUAACGACGAGUGAUGGAAGCAAGUAUAAAAUGGAAAGUAAAGAAAAUGUGAGGACAAUGCCUGACAGAGGGCAGGCUUCUGGAAAGGAAUCGACGCCGGAACAUUCACCAACGAGAAAAAAAGAAACUUCAAAACGUGCUACGCAAGAAAAGCAAAGGCCGGCACCAUCUAAGCAGUUCUACUUCGGUAUGAUCGAGACCAAGAAGACAGAGACACAAGACCAUCUGAAAGACUUCCCUGGCCUCGGCAGUCCCAUCAUAGAAGAGCUGAGUAACUUCCACCUCAUCGAGCAGAAGCUUCUGGGAUAUCAUGAUGAGGAUGAAAUGGAGAAGUUUAAUGAGAAACUUAAGGAAGAUUGCAAAAGAAAUUUAUCAUCCGAGUCAGCGUUAUCAUCAGAAGGCUCAGAGGGGGAGGGCUCGGAGGGCUCGCUAGGCAUCGCGCUCCGUCUUCGGCCGACAUUGCCCAAGAAACUGCCCAACACUCCGCGCUUCUCACCCGCCGCCGCAUGGAGGCAACUUGCCAGUUUGGAUGCUCAUCUUGCAGAAACGCAACCCCUGGCCGUGGAGACCAAAGUGUCAGCGGACAUAUCUCCUGAAUCCUCGCCCAGAUCUGACCAGUCCGCAGACAAAUCCGGAGACUCGGGGAUAUCUGCUGACCAUGGACACAGCGAUCAUAGGAUAGACUCGCCUAGAGAAGUAACAGAUCAAACAGCAACGUGGACGCCCCAACAGGAUCUGGGCGACAGCAGCUCGGACGGCGCGGGGGCGGAGCACCACCACUCCACGGUGGCCACCUACAGCCCCGGCGCGCAACCAUUCAGCCUCAGCCUGCCCCGGGAUCAGGACAAAGGCAAACCGCUGCAGCAGGGAUUCAACAGCCUCCAGAAACUUCGGAAGUCAGUAUCAGGAGCUUUGGGAGCCGCGUUGGGGUCUAGAAGAUUCGAUCUGGAACAUGAACCGAUGUUGGAGGAGCCGGAACAAAAUUGGUUCUUGACAAAGUCGGCUCCAAAUUCAUUGAGCAAUCCAUUGCUGUACCAUCAGCAAUUGAGGACAAAGGUUUCUGAUGAUGCUGGGAAGGAGGAGCCUUCGGUAUCUUCGGAUAAGGGUCAGGAAGAAGGCAAAAGAUGGUGUAGCUCGUACGUGAACUGGGGCGGCCACGUGAUGUACCUGCCGCCGGCGCCCGACCAGCCGCUCUCCAUGAUGUCCACUGACCGACCCAUAAGGAGCAAAUCAAGUGGUUGCCUGGAAGUGGCGGCGCGGGCGGCGCGUGCGGCGGCCUUGGCAGGUGAGAUGCGGGAAAGAGAGCGCUCCGCUUCCCCCGACGUGGCGCGGGCGGUGCCUGCGCGCGUCGAGCCUUCCACCGCGCGUAACUCAAACGCGGGUAGAGGCAAGCGGUUCACCUUCCAAUCGACAGUGAGGCAGCUGGAGAGGCGGAAGAUUGCUGAGAAGCUGUCUCGAGAGGCGGAUCUGAAGGAGCAACAGAGAAGAACCGAGCUGGAGGCCAUGCGGAGAGUGGAGGAGGAGUUCCAGAGAAAGCGUGCGAGGGAGAAAGCGAACAUCAGACAGCAGUUGCGACUCGUGAGCAGCGGAGCCAACAGCAUGCCGCCUGUUAACCAUCACAAUAAGACAAGAGAUGAGCCCGACGGAUCAUGCCGCGAGUCACCGACGGCGGAGAGGACGCGGGAGACGCGGCAGAGGCACAGCAACACCUCGUCUGAAGCCAGUGGCAGGAGCAAGAGCACCACACCGAUCCGCUGCGUGGAGCUGUCGGAGUGGCGCACGGAGAACGGCACGCGCGUGUACCGCGACUGGGCCGUGCAGGCCGCGCUUGCGCACGCGCACCCGCCUGCGUGCGCACGCAUGCCCAUGUCCGUGCACAAUAAUUACAACGCAAUGGAAGGGUCAGCCUUCAGUGGCAGCCCACGCUCAGACAACUACCGGCUGGAGUUCGCCCGCGGCCGCUCCCCCCGCACGCCCCGCACACCGCGCGCCCCGCGCCUGCUGCCCGCCGCCCGCUCCACCGCCUCGUCCACCAGCGGCUCUGAGCUGUCGCUGAGGCAGCCUAUCAAGAUCAGGUGGUGAUUCCAGUAGUUGCUACUUAAAACUAACCAAUCGACGUGAGCCAACAAAAGAAGAGGAAGAAGUGGAGGAACCUGAGCCUGCUAUAGUGCCCACACUGCGCCCCUCUGGACCCACCCGACCUACCGUCGCCACGCGAUGAUGAUGAUGAUCACCCCUUAUCGGUACCUACAACCGCAUCAAACGAUACAAGUAUAACACGGGAAAGCAGACUCACAAAGAUCUUACUAGAUGGCACCACAUGUGUCUUCAAUCACUCACUAGUCAUUAUCAAGCCUGAAUCACGCUUACGAAGUGAUCGGUUGAUAAUUCUGAUGAUUGGGGUGUCAUAUCCGGUGGGUUGGGUGUCAUAUCCGAUGCGCGGACAACACAACAUGACUUAUAACGAACAGACUAGAUGGCACCACAGGUAACUUGGAUCACUCACAAGAAAGCCUGAAUCGCGCUAACAAAGGGUUAACCUCAGAAAUUAUAAUAUAAAUAUUCUGUGGUAAAUAUCUUAUUGACAUUAACUAGAGAUUGUAACAUUGUGACGUCAAUUAGGAUUAUAAUUAUAGUUAUCACAUAUUAAUAGUAUUUGUAUGUAACUGUAAUUAUUCCAUUUUGUUUUAAUGGUAAAACUUGUAGGAUAAACAAUGCAAUAGCUAUCGUCUUCCGUAUGUAAGUAAUGUUGAAGCUUUAAUCUAGACUUAACUGUAUUCUUACUAACUUGUAGACUUAGUGACGGUGCUAAGAAUAAAUUAUUUACAGAGUAUGUUAUGUUAUAAGAGAAUCGACAACAUGUUACUUAUCCGUUAUUUAUUUUAUAAUGACAACUUAUCUAGGUAGGUACAAACAUCGCAAAUGUCCUGUUCAAUAUUUUUUUUUUUUUUUGCAAAGAAUAUUAGUCAAACAUACUAUGAUGACUAUAUAGCUAUCGAGGCAUUAAAUAUAGCGUGAAAUUUUAAUGGUUAUUUUAGGCUAGUAGUACCUAAAUAUAGUUUUUUUUUUAAUAUAAAUGUUUUUGUUCUGAAAUAACAUUAAGUAAUAAAAAAUCAUCAAUUUGAAAACGUGAGAGACAAUAGCAAUUACAACACAAUACAAUUAAAACAAGUACUACUCGAAUCUAGAGUCGAGUGUUAAAAUGUACAUAGUAAGAAGGCGUCCCAUAACGCAUGCGUUUAACAUACACAGGUACUUCCUUAGAUUCAUCUAUUUUGGCGGAUUAUACCGACUUGUUAUUUCUUAUGUAUUAUA